GCAAAAAUGAUAUUGAGGAAUAUAUUUGGUGGCAAAAGGGAAAUUUCACACACAGUCAAAAACAGAUGCAACAUCACAUUCACAUGGCAUAGAUCUGUCUUACAAGUUUUGAGCAUAAUAUAUGUGCUCAUCUUCUGAUCUCUCUUCAACUCCAUAACUUCUUUGUGCACAAGUCUGUCUCUCAGAGUCCAUUUUCCUAGUAGAUAAAAGGAUUAAUUUUGAUCCCCUUAAAAUUCCCAAAAAUAUUGGGUUCCACACACACCCUCUCCUCCCAAAAGUACCACCCCAUCUCAAUCUUCUUGUCUUCUACUCCUACUUGUAUGGAAAGAAAUCUGUUCUACAUGAAAACUAGCCAUAUCUGCAUUAUGUUUAACACUUUCUCAAUCCUUCACGUCAAAACCAGAUCCUAAUCUUUUGUUACUUCUCACUUUCGUAGUCCAAAUUUUCAAUGUUUGAUAUGAAGGAGUUGCAUUUUUGACAGAAUGAAGAACACCCACCUGCUUAAUUUGAUUCUUGUACUGACUUCAACUGGAGUUUUGGUAUCUUUUGUAUUUUUGAUCUACUUUUACUGCAAAAGAAGUGCAAAACAUGAGCAACAAGAUGUGGAAAACUCAGAGCAGAAGCAUGAAGAUGAUGUGAAGGUAGAGGACUUGAUGACUUUUCAGGAUGGCCAAGACCUCAGAAUUUGCGACAUACUAGAUGCUCCAGGGGAGGUGAUUGGAAAGUCAAACUAUGGAACACUGUACAAGGCUUUGUUGCAGAGUAGCAACUCAGUGAGGUUGCUGAGGUUUUUGAGGCCUGUGUGCACUGCAAAAGUUGAAGAUUUUGGUGAAGUGGUUCAGUUGUUGGGGUGUAUAAGGCAUCCCAAUUUGGUUCCUCUUCUGGGAUUUUAUGCAGGGCCAAGGGGUGAGAAGCUUUUGAUUCAUCCGUUUUAUUGGCGUGGCAAUCUGUCUCAGUUUGUAAGAGAAAGCAAUCCUGACUCUCACAAAUGGGCCAUUAUCUAUAGAAUCUCAGUUGGUAUAGCAAAAGGUUUGGAUCAUCUUCACACUGGGUUGGAGAAGCCCAUAAUUCAUGGCAAUCUCAAGUUGAAAAACAUACUUUUGGAUCGCCAUUACCAGCCAUUCAUCUCAGAUUUCAGCCUAUAUCUUCUGUUGAAUCCUACUGCUGGCCAAGAAAUGCUUGAACUUUCAGCAUCUCAAGGCUACAAAGCCCCUGAGCUGAUCAAAAUGAGGGAUGCAAAUGAAGAGACUGAUAUAUUCAGCCUUGGGGUUAUCUUACUUGAAUUACUCACAGGGAAGGAACCAAUCAAUCAAAACCCAACAACACCUGAUGAGGAUUUUAGUUUGCCAAAUUUUAUGAGAAAUGCAGUCCUUGGACAUAGAAUCCAUGACUUGUUCCAUCCAGGUUUACUUCUCAAUAGCAGCAUUGACGACGAAGUCCCGGUUACUAAAGAACAGAUUCUCAAGUUCUUUCAGCUUGCUAUGACAUGCUGUUCUCCUUCUCCAUCACUUAGACCAAACACCAAGCAAGUUCUAUGGAAGCUUGAAGAGAUUGGUAACUGAACACUCUACUUGAGCACUGUUUGGUAGGUCAUAGUGCCUUGAUUGAGAAUAUUUCUGUUUUACAAAAUCAGCAUGAUUGAUGGCCAUGACAAAAACAAUGACCAUGAUGACUUUGACAUGUAUAGUAAAAAUAUAGGUGGUUAUAUAUACUCUUUGAAGCCAAAAAGCUGAAAACUUCAGCUUAUGGUUGCACACUUUGAGCAAAAGUUUCA